AUGGAAGGCAGGAAGGACAUGGUGAUGUUCCUGGAAGGAGGGCAGCUGGGCACGCUGGUUGGCAAGAGGGUUCCCGGCUUGGCCGAAGCGGUGGGAAGCCCCGCUCCGGACCCGCAGGACAAGAUGAUGCACCGGAGCUGCCUGAGCCCCCGCGCCGGGCCGCCCCUGGCGCCCCGGGAAAGGGCCGCGGGAGAGGACGAGGAGGUAGAGGUGCUACCGGGGGCAGGCACGGGCCUGGAGGGGCGCUCCGCGGCCGCGGCACUGCUCUCGACCGGCCAGCCAGCGGCCCCGGAGUCCCUGGCCGCCAAAGGGCAGCAGAGCAGCUCGGACACCGAGUCGGAUUUCUAUGAGGAAAUCGAGGUGAGCUGCACCCCGGACUGCGCCGCGGGGAGCGCCGCCGAGUACCAGCACAGCAAAGGUACCGCCUGCCGGGCCCGGCGCCGGGGGAGGGGGGUCCGCGCCCCUUUUGGCCCCGCGACAGAGGGGGGGGGCACCCGCACCCGGGGCCGGCGCGGCUCCCUGGCCUGCAGCGCCAGCGACCAGAUGCGCCGCUACCGCACGGCCUUCACCCGCGAGCAGAUCGCCCGGCUGGAGAAGGAGUUUUACCGCGAGAACUACGUGUCCCGGCCCCGGCGCUGCGAGCUGGCAGCUGCUUUAAAUCUGCCAGAAACCACCAUCAAGGUGUGGUUCCAGAACCGCCGGAUGAAGGAUAAGAGGCAGCGCUUGGCUAUGACCUGGCCUCACCCCGCAGACCCGGCGUUUUAUACCUACAUGAUGAGUCACGCGGCGGCCACGGGCAACCUCCCCUACCCCUUCCCGUCCCACCUGCCCCUGCCCUACUACUCCCACAUGGGCAUCGGAGCCACCUCGGCCUCUGCAGCCGCCCCGUUCAGCACCCCGCUGAGACCGCUGGACACCUUCCGGGUCCUCUCCCACCCCUACCCCAGACCAGAACUGCUGUGCGCCUUCAGACACCCCUCCCUGUACCCUGCCCCGACCCAUGGACUCAGCAGUGCGGGGGGCGGCCCCUGCUCAUGCCUGGCUUGUCACAGCAGCCAGUCCAACGGACUGGCCCAGAGACCUUCCGGAUCAGACUUUACCUGCUCAGCCACAACCAGGACUGACUCUUUCCUCACUUUCACGCCCUCCGUGCUGAGCAAAGCCACCUCCGUACCCAUGGACCAGCGGGAAGAAGUACCUUUAACGAGAUAG